CCCAUACUACCUCCACGGACUGCCAUGAUAUGUGUACCUGUGUGUGUUUACUUGAUAAUAUCGAUUCGACACAACACAAAAAGUCGGUGUACGUUGAUCUGUCACGUUAGCGAGCAUACGCGCGCACACACACACAAUAUUGUAUUAUUAUUAACACGGUGAUUAGAUUUCCGGCGGACAGCGAAUUUUCCAAUUGCCAAAUUCGCCUUAAUUUAUUUGUUUUUCUAAAUUCGCGAAGCCAAUAGAACCGGACGGUCGAUACUGACCGUGUACCGUAUCGUUUCGAGAAGUUUUAUUACGGUAGAAAGCAAAAAAAAAACAUAUUUGACAACACACAACAACGCUGGUUCGUCCCCGACCGAUUGUCCGGUAAAAUGUAGAUCAGCCAGACUUCAGGCUCUUCGACGAAGUCAUGCGUUCGGUACGCGCCGUCCAAAGAAUAACUCGCUGAUCAUCGCCGUCGUCCGGUUUCGUUUGACCAGAGUUAAAUAGUUAUAUUAUUCAUUUAAAAAAAAAAAACUAAUAAACACAUUGUCGCUGUUUGCUGUGAAUUUGGAAAUCGCGCUUAACAGCCGCCAACGCCGCAGGUGAACUCCAGUAAACGGAAGGCCGCGUGCGAAUAUGCUACGCAUAUCACAUUUUAGCAAACGACAGUGGCUUACGUUAAUCGUGUUUAGUAUUGCUGACUUUUGCAACGCCAUCUGUGUAUCCCUACAAGCUCCGUUUUAUCCUCUGGAAGCAGAAAAAAAAGGAGCCACAGCCACCGAGUAUGGACUCGUUUUUGGCGUCUUCGAACUGGUCGUAUUUAUCAUCAGUCCAAUUUAUGGCAAACACUUGAAUAGAAUUGGCCCGAAGUACCUGUUCAACGGUGGCAUAUUCACGACAGGAAUAUGUGCAAUUUUGUUUGGCUUCUUGGACAAGGUGGACGGUCACUACCCGUUCAUCAUAUUGUCGUUUGUUAUACGCAUCAUCGAGGCGAUGGGUAACGCCGCUUUUUUGACGGCUAGUUUCGCCAUCAUUGCAAUGGAGUUUCCAGACAAUGUUGCCACCACAUUUGCGUCCCUGGAAACCUUCUUUGGUCUCGGACUGAUCGUCGGUCCCACAGUUGGAGGCGCCCUAUACGGGAUCGGAGGCUACGUGACCCCUUUCGUCGUGCUCGGCUCUACGCUAUUCCUCUCUGCUAUCAUGACAGCAUUCGCGCUUCCGGAUCACCCGAACAGAAGGAACGACGUCACUAGUGACGCCAGCUUACUUCAAGUUUUGAAAAUCCCCGGUGUACUUUUGGCGGCUGCAAGUAUUAUUGUUACGUCCAUGAGCAUUGGGUUCUUGUCGGCCACCCUGGAACCUCAUCUCAGACAGUUUAAUCUGUCGCCAAUGGUCCUAGGCCUCAUGUUCGUCAUCAACGGGGGUACGUACGCUUUAACGGCACCCUGGUGGGGAUGGCUGUGUGACAAGGUGGUGCCCGCAAAAGUGGUCACGUUGCUCGGGUGUAUCAUACUAAUGAUUGGGUUCAGUCUCAUCGGUCCAGUGCCUUUUUUGAACAGACCAACAGAUCUUUCGGUUACCAUAAUAGGACUGGUACUUCAUGGAAUGGGAAUUGGCGCCCAACUCGUGGCGUCCUUUACCGAUGCUUUGCGGACGGCUGUUCAGUAUGGGUUCUCCAACAGUUUGGAAACUUACGGGCUAAUAUCUGGCCUGUGGACUUCGACGUUCGCACUUGGCGCCUUCAUUGGACCGUCUAUAGCCGGUGUGUUGUACGACGUAGUAGGAUUUGGCGCGGCUACAGUAUUCGUUAUAGUUCUAUCUGCUUUAGUGGGAGUGGCCGUGGCGCUGUUCCUGAUGUUUUCUCGGCCGCCGAGAUUGAUCAAGGACGUUCAUAAUUUGGAAGAACUCAUCGAUCCCAUCACCAAGUCUAUGAUGGAAAACGGUUCGGCCGCUAUGCCAACGGCCAACGGCGGCAACAGGAGCGGUUACAACGGGCUGGUAUCGGUAGCACUGUCGUGCCCUGUCCCCACGGAGAGGCCUCCCGGCAUGGAAGGCAUUAUAGCGUGCAACAGCUACAAGAACCGUCUGGGCACUUGGAACCGAAAAGAGAGCGAGCUGAUCAUCGGCAGCAACAUGAGCAGCAGUUACGCCGAAGAGACCAGAGGUCUGCUGGGCCCGUGAUCGGUUUCUAUACACAAUUAUGUUAUAGCUGGCCCCCCCUUGACUUUUGAACAAUAUUUGUUUUUAAAAAGCGUUUAUUUUAUUAUACUAUAUAAUUAUACAUUUUAUACGCGUAUGCCCUCCCCGCAUCCGCAUCCCUCCCCACCCAAAAAUGGUUAUUAUUAUUUUGUUUUAUAAUUCGUGUUAAGUGCAAAUCAUAACUCAUAUUAUUAACGGGCGUAUACGGUAAAAUUAAGCUCAUUUUAUUUGUAUAAAAAAAAAAUUAUUGUUAUAUUUGAAACCAAUUUUUUUUUAUAAUAACGCGCGUGGCGUUUUGUAUCGGGGCAUAAUAUUUUUAGCCUUGACGAAAUAUCUUAUUUAUACACUAUUAUUAUUUUUUUUUUUUAUGUACGUUUUUACUUCCAGCCGAAUACUUGUUCGGUAAACUAUUUUCUGAAUCUCUAAUAAAAAAAUAUUUUUAAUUUUCAUCGAUUUUUAAAAAAAUAAAACAAAAUGUUCUUUACUGUUGAUCGUAUAAAUAUAUAUAUAAUGUACAAAUUUACCACUUAUUCUAUA